AUGUCUACCGAAGCUGACAAACCCGCUCCCGUCGAGGGAGAUGCUUCGAAGGUCCCUGCACCUUCCGCUGCCGAACCUGGAAAAGCACCCGAGCCUGAGAAGCUCGUCGAAGCCGAAAAGGCCUCUGAACCUAAAAAGGCUCCUGACGCCGACGCGUCAGCCGACAAUGCGGACAAGGGGGACGGUUGGCAGACGGUGACGUCACGCGAGAGACGAGAUGGCAACAGGGGGCAUUGGAGGGGACGAGGCCGCGGAGGCAGGGAUCCGCACCACCAUCACGGCGGAAAUCGCAAUGCAGGUGGUUACAGACGUUCGCACGGUCAUGGAGGAGGAUCCGGGGGACCCGGAGGCUCCGGCGACAAAUCGAGCGGUGGGGGUAGAGGCGGUGUUGCCGGCAAAGGCGGCGCUGUCGCCGCCGCCAAAUCCGGUGGCGCUGCUGGUGCUGCUGCUGCGGCAGCUCCCCCUGCUGGAGCUGCUUCGGCGGACGGCAACGCCGCUGCCGGAGCGGCCGGAGCUUCUGGCGCAGCGGAAGGCGCAGGGAAGGCCGGGGAUGGCGGAGAUAGCGGAAGCGCGACGGCCGGCGCGGCGGGUCCGAAAACCGGAAGUGAUUCCAACGAGGGGAAAGGCGCAAGCGGGGGGGGCGCAGGGGGGAAUGCGCAUGGGCACGGGCACGGACAUGCGCACGGACAUGGACAUGGGCAUGGGCAUGGGCAUGGAGCGUCUGGCAAGGGCUCGGUUUGGCAGGUCAAAGGGAAGCCUGGAAAAGGGGUAUGGGCGCAGGUGGUUAAGAGUGAGCCAGGCAAGGCCCGAACGCACCCCGGGCCUGAUGAGGGGUUAGCUUCGCUCGUGCGAGGUUCGGACGCAGCUGGAGACGCGCCGGCGAGUGCCGAGCCUGCGAAGCAGGCUGGGGGAAAGGCUGGUGGGGCGGAUACCAAAGCGGGGUCGGAAUCAGCGAAGCAGGGUGGGGGGAGGGGUGGUAAUGCAGGCUCGGGGGGGCAGAAGGGUGGUGGAGGGAGGGGGGAAGGGGGUGGGAAGGGAGGCAAGGGCGGCAAGGCAUGGCAUAAGGAUAAGGACAAAAAGGAGGAGAAGAAGGAGGAGAAGAGAGACGAGAAGGAGGAUUCUGAGAAGAAUAAGGAGAAGGAGAAGGGGAGUGAGGACAAGGAGAGUGCUAGUGGCGGUGCGAAGGAGGGCGGGGAGGGUAAGGGCUCGAAAGGAGGGGGACACGGAAAGAAGGACGGGAAGUCGGAUCCGAAGGAGCAGAAGGAUCAGAAAGAGGGGAAAGAGCCUAAGGAGCACAAGCCGCCGAAGCAGGCGUGGCGCAAGCACAACAGGGACGGCGAGAAGGGCGGGGCGGCGGCUGCCGCGGCCGUGGUGAUGGGCGCUGGCGCAACGGCGUGGCCUGCGCUCUCCGAGGCGGAUGCUGCUGCUGCGCGCGCGGCGGAAAACGGCAAGGGCGCGGGCGGGGAUGAUAAGGCCAAGCCUGCUGCUGGCCUUGCUAUAAUCGCAAACGAAGGCGACAAAUCGUCUGCUGCCACGUCAGACAAGCAGAGCGGCGCAGCGGCGGUUACAGCAGCAGACGCAGCCAGAAAGGCUGGCGCUGCUGACGUGGCAGUUGUGAGCGUGCGUGAGGUGGCUGGGGGGCAGUACAAGCGCGGGGGCCAUCAGGGGGGCGGGGGGGCGCACCAUGGCGGAAGGGGGGGAGGCGUGGGGGGAGGGGGAUACCAGAGGCGUGCGCAUGGGAGGGUGGUGGUGGUGGCGGACGAUCCCCCCCUGACGGAAUUCGUGGCUGCUGGGCCCAGGAGGUCCGCGGCUGCCAUGGCCAAUGGCAUGGGCGGCAGCUAUGGGUACCCCAUGGUGGUGGGAGCCAAUGGUCCCUACUACAUGCAAUACCGCAUGCCGCCUGUCCCGGUUGACCCCAUGUCGGGCCUGCGCACUGCGCUCACGAAGCAGAUCGAGUACUACUUCAGCAUUGAGAAUCUCUGUCGCGACCUCUUCCUUCGGUCCAAGAUGGACGCUGAAGGGUUUAUUCACGUGGACGUAAUUGCGGCUUUCAACAGGGUGCGCAUGCUCACGCUAGACAAGGCCUUCAUUCUCAGCUGCCUUGCCAACUCCACGUCAGUGGAAGUGCAGGGUGAGAAGCUGAGGCGACGGAAUGACUGGAGUAACUGGCUGCUGCCGACGGGGCACAUGCAGGCUGUGGUUCCCCACUCAGAGGACGCACCCAAGGCAGGAGAGGGAGGAGAGGGAGGAGAGGGAGGAGAGGCAGGGAAGAAGGGAGGGGAGAAGGGGGAGGGGGAGAAGGAGGCUGCUGCUGGCGCUGACGAGGGGCAGGGAAAAGAUCCCGAAGGAGAGAAGAAGGAAACCCCCGACGCUGCUGCUGCUGCCACUGCAGAUGGGGAGGCUGAUGAUGAGGGGGAGGAGGAGGGGGGAGGGCAGCGGGCAAAUCGCGAAGGCACUCCUGCUAGGAGUGUUGGGAAGCGGCGCGGCAGCAGCGUGAAACGAGCCUCCUCUUCCGGCCGCUUCUCAGCUAGCAAGUCCGGAGGGCUUUCGGCCGCGUUUGCCGCCGAAGCUGCAGGUUCGGGGGGCCGAACCGAGGGGCUAGGCUCGCUGCCGGGCCUGGCUGGGAAGGUGGCCGCGGCGAUUGAGGAGGCUGGGAAGGGGGCGGAAGGGGGGAAGAGUAAGGAGGAGAGGGAGAGGGAGAAGGGGAAGAGGGCUGCAGAGGAGAGUGAGGCGUUGACUGAGGCGAGUGAAGCUGAGGACACGUUUCAGUUCAGUGGGGACGAGCUUGGGGAGGGGAAGAAGCGGGUCGGCAAGCCCAGGAGGAAGCAGCGUGCCAGGUCGGAGGAGGAUACAACAGACGACUCUGAUUUCAACGACGUGAAUCCCAGCCUCAAGAACCUCGUUAUUGUCACACAGAGGCGCCCGGGCCAGGGCGGUGCGCUUCAGCAGCAGCAGCGUGGCGGUGUGAGGCGCAGCCAGGGCAGGGAGGACGGGGCGAGUGGUAGCAGCUAUGAGGGCGGGUCUUCCCUGGGUCCCAACUAUCGAGCCAGCAGGCUGUCAGCAGAGAGGGGCGAGCAGUCAGGGACGGACGGGGAGGGGCCUGGCAGGUGA